UACAAAGCCAACCUCCAAACUUUAUCUAUGUCUUAACCAGGGGAAACAAUCACAGCAUGCUAUACCCAGAAUGCCAUCCCCCCUAACAACGACCCUAAUCCAAUCCACCCUCCUCAACGCCCUCUCCAACAUCCUCGCCCAAAUAAUCGCCCAGCUUAAAAAAGACGGCCCAUUCACACUCAACACCCUCGCCCUCCUCCAGUUCCUCACCUACGCCAUCAUCAUCGUCCCCAUUAACUUCUCCUGGCAGAAGUAUCUGGAGGCGAGAUGGCCGGGGUUUCCAGGGAGGAGUAGGAGUAGGCCGGAUGCUGUUGCUGGCGCCGAGGCGAAGGGCAGCGCUGUGGUUGUCACGGUUGAGCCGGCGGACUUGCUCCCUGUUAAGGAGAAGGAGGAGAAGCAGCGGGUAUCUGGAGCACGAUGGCGCAGGCGCUGGCGGUGGCGCUCGCGCCCGCGGUCCGGGCUGGGUAAUUUCCUGAUGAAGUUCUUCCUCGAUCAGACGGUUGGGUCGGUGAUGAAUAUUCUGUUGUUUAUUGUUUUGAUUAAUUUGAUCUAUGAGGACUUUGGGCCGAUCAUGAUUGCGCGGCUUAAGUAUCGGCCUGUUGUGUCGGCGUUGUUGUAUACGGUUGUUCCUUUGGAGAGGCGCGUGGUGUUUGGGAGUGCCUGUGGGGUUGUCUGGGGGAUUUAUUUAAGCUUAUAUGCCGCUGUAUAGGCGGUGAGAUCAUCAUAAUAGAAGAGGCAUGUUUUAAUUCAUUAUUACCUAGGUAUAUUCACAUA